AUGGGCAUCGGAUCGGAUGCGGUAGCAAGCAAGAAGCGAUGGUCGAGAUGGAAGAGGGUCGAAUUGGAGGUGAAGAGGGAGGGAUCUGUCGGUUCGGAACAGAGGGACGACGGCAGGAAUCUGUAG